UUGAUCCAUUUCUUUAGCCGAGAUGGCUUCACAGCUAAUCUUCGGAGAGGAGUCGAGGGAACUCACAGAGGUCACCGCUUUGUCUAAGGCAGAAGGCGGCACCUUCCAGGCGCAAAAUUCCAACGCUCGAGCUUUUUAUUGGGCCUUGGGAGCCUUGGGAGCCUUGGGAGCCUUUGUGGCUUUGGCAGUGCUGGCUGUCAUUGGAGCGUCUCUGAGAGCUCCUUUCACCGUGAACAACGUGAGCAAAGUGCAUCCAAUCUCCAUGUUCAAUUCUGUGCAGUCAGAGCUGCAGCCUACCUGCACGGAUUUCCCACGUCUCCACAUCCUCGAGGUGACUCACAGCAAUCUAGCUGGAGUGGGGCCCGAUUCCGGUCCGGAAGGACUAUACUACCAUGUGAGAUCUUCGAAAGGCAGGGAUUUUGAGAUGAGGGUUCAUGGUGCAAAAGGCUUAGCGUGCCCUUUCCCCAAAUUGAAUGGAAUGCAUGGCAUGUAUGCCACGGUGAACGUAGCCUCGAAGUCUUCCGCCAACCUUCGUUUCACCUUUCAUGAUUGGCACACAAAGCAGCCUGUGGUCAUGGAUGAUUUUACCAUCACAUUCUUUGACCUGGACCAUGGAUAUGGAAAUGCGGGCGUGGAAGAGGUGGUUAUCCAAGGUGAUUGGACACAAGCAGUGGUUGCAGAGGACACGACAAUCCUUGUACAUCAAGCAGAAAGCAGUGAACACAAAAUUGCUUUCAAAGCCACCGAAGAAGCCCUUAGACCAGAUGAGCCGAAGAAUCCCCUCCACUUGACGCUGAGGCAAUUCAACAAAGCUGUGUCAUUGAAGUUCGUAAGGGCAAAAUCCUUCACAGCAGACUUGAAGGUCACAACCACAUCACAGUACCCUCGCUUUUUCGAAUUCUUGGGAGAAGCUUCUAUCCUCUGCGCCAGCAAUCCUAAUGGUGGUAAGCUGCCUUCUGGCGAGGUCUAUGUCAAUCGAGCCCAGCUCGAGAAGACUGAGAUGGAAAUCCAGCACUUCCACGGGGAAAAGAGCCCCGGGGAGCAUGGGUUAUUAAACAUAGUACCUAUCCUGUUGGGGCUGGGCGUGGCUGUUCUGUUGACACUUAUAGGCCUCUACUUUUGGUUUGCAGAGCCUCCGAACCUGCGCGGCUACGUUGAAAUGUCCUUCCAGGAAGACAAGCAAGGCCCCGGAAUCUUCUGGGUAACCAUCCCUACUGGCCAGCUGAAGCUUGGUUUACUUCUUGAUGCUCCUGAGGGUAUCAACCAACCACCCAUGAUCAAAGAGGUUUUGACAGGUGGUGCGGCGAAGAACUUCAAUGAAAGCAAUCCAUACUAUGCCAUCGAGGCGUACGACGCUAUCAUCGGCUAUGGAAACUUGUCUGAUCCACACGAAGUCUUGGAGGCUCUUUAUUCAAAAGCACCAGAUGAGGUGAGCUUGCAGCUUGACCGCCCCGAGAAAUUUUCGAUUGAAUUGAAGGGCUCAUUGGGUGCUCAGCUUGAUGCUUUCGAAGACUCUUUUGGGGCGGUGAUUAUGCACAUUGAACCAGGCGGAACUCUGGCGAAAUGGAAUGAACAAAAUCCCGGAAGAACAGUGAACAGAGGAGACCGGAUCAUUGAGCUGAGAGGUAUGGAUUUCAAUGCGCGCAAGGGUUGGAAGAUGCGCACAGCAGCACAGCCAGAGGGAGAAAACCCUUUUGGUUCCAGAUCCAACUCGAGAUUUUUGGAAGAGAUGGAGGAGUGCAGGGAUAUCGAGCGGGAGGUCACGGUCUUGAAGUAUCUCUCUUCUGAGUCGAGGGCCUAAUUCGUAGGCAACCUUGAUUGUAGAUAUUGUAGAUAUUGUAGCCUGCAGUGAUGCCUCACCAUUUGGGCCAUCCAGAAGUAUCCAAAAGUAUCCAGAAUUCAUCGGAAGAUCUGCAACGUUGGAUCACUUGCUAUAGCGGUUUCUGUGGCUAGCGCUUCCUGAAGGGAGUCGGUGCGAAGGCAGCUGGAUCCAAUCGAUGAACAUAGCGUGACCCCGACAUGUGUACACACACACACACAAUGGGCGUUGUGAUAAUUUCCAUCAUUCUCUCUCGAAAAUAUACUCUCGACUCUCUUUC